UAUAACCUAAAAAAAAAAGUAAACAGGGUUUUCGCGUGUUUAUGUAUAAUUUUUAGAUAGAAAAUUAAUUGUAAAUUGUGCAUAAAAUUAAAUAAAAUUUUCAAAAUGAAAAGAGAAUUGUUUUAUGAAAUUGUAAAAGAUAUUGCAAAAUUUCAAGGAUUGACUCGUGAUUGUGCUGACUUAUUAAUAAGAAAAUACGUAGAUGUUUCGCCAAAUGCUAUUCACAGUAUUUUAUCUGCAGAGAUUAUGCAGAAAAUGAAAACAUGUAGGAAUAAAUUACAUGGGAUUCGAUAUAACCAUUAUGGAAAUUACGAGAAAGCAAGAAAGGAUGGAGAACGUCCAGGAAUAAUAGUGAGAAUGGCUGCAAAGGCAAAUUUACCACCAGCUCUUUUAGCUCGUGUUAUUUUAGAGCGCCAUUUUCAAAGUACCAAUAAAAAAUUUUCUCGAGGUGAUAUAUCACAACUUAUGAAAGACACUACACGUAUCCAAGAUGUUGAUUUGGCUUAUGAAAUAUAUUUGUGUGUGUUAUACGACGACAGGAAUGGACUUAUAUCGGACUCAGUGUGUUUAGCGAUUGGUAAUGAAUAUGAAGCAAAAUUGCAGUAUUACCUGGAUCAGUGCAAUGCAUCAUAUUCAACUGAAGAUGAUUUAAGAGCACGCGGAUAUGACAAAACCCCAGACGUUAAACUUGAAAUUCCCGUGGCUGUUGAUGGUUUUAUAAUUAAUUGGAUUGAAUCAAAAGGACGUUUCGGAUCACCGGAUAUUCAUAAAACCCAUGUUAAAGAACAAUUUUUAAGUUAUUGGAAUCGUUUUGGUCCAGGUCUUGUUAUCUAUUGGUUUGGAUUUGUUGACGAUAUUGCUGAAGCGAAUGAAAAAAAAUUCAUUAUCAUGGAUCAUUUCCCUGAAAAUAUCGUUCAUAUGAACCCAACCAUACCGGAGUUAUAAUUUGUAAUUAUAUUUAUUUCGAAUAAUUAAUUUUAAUUUAUGACAUAACUUCAACGUAUUUUAACUGUAAAUAAUUAUUAAUUUUUUUUUUUACUGAAAUUUCCAAUAUUCACAAUAACUGUGAAAUUUUUAAUAACUGACGUUAAUUUUGAUUGUAAAAUGACAAACAUAUCAUUACAGGGGGGAUGGAAUUGUAAAUUUUACUCGAAUUCUAUUUUAUAAAAAUAAAUUAUUAAUAUACAAAGACUUAAUUGUAAAUUUCUAUAAAGUUAUGCUUAUAAU